UGUUGUGUUUCCUUUUUCCGUUUCUCAACUUUCUUCCAGCCGCAUAACACACGAAAUCGCUGCUGGACCGCCAUCGCCGCCAUCUUCUCCGUUCAUCGUUUCACAAAGUCUUCCUCGACACCGUCAAUCUCCUCCGAGGAAUUCAGGAAAGGUUCACAAAUUCAUCCCUAUAAUCAACACACCUUCUAUCUUACAAGUUGAUCAAGAUGCCUCAAGUGAAGAUUAUAGCUAAGAAUUUCAUGGACAUGGUGUCCUCCUUACCUGCCAUGAAGCUCGACAAGCUAUAUGAGAAUGCCUUCAUUUGUGAAGCUAUUCUCAGGUCUUUGCCACCAUUGGCCAAAAAGUAUGUUCUCCAGUUGUUGUACAUAGAUGUGCCUGUGUCAGCCAGUUCAUUGCAAGAAUGGGUUCUUGUUGAUGGUGCUUCAAAGCAUAGAGUUGCUGUUGAUAGACUCAUUCAAUUGAGAGUAUUUACUGAAACUGUUGAUAGGAAGAAGGAAGCCACUUACAGGUUAAACCUGAUGUUUCAGAUGAACCUUCGGAAGCAUGUUGUUCAUGGUGGUGUGUUACCGAGAGAACCUAUGGCUGCAAAUAUAACAGUAAGACUCCCAAGCUUAGAGGAGUUAGACAACUAUGCUGCUCAACAAUGGGAGUGUUUCUUGCUGCAUCUCAUAAACUCUGCUGAAGUUGAGGUUACAACAAAGAGCAUCAGUCCUUCCAUGAUGAAAGUCUUCCAACGAGGCCUUUUAAGUCAAAGGGACAAUGAAGGUUCUCGGCUCACAGAAAGUGGUUUUCAGUUCCUGCUAAUGGAUACCAAUGCACAACUCUGGUAUAUCAUCAGGGAGUAUAUCAGUAAUUCUGAGGACAGAGGAGUGGACUCUGCAGAUCUGAUCUCAUUUCUGCUAGAACUUAGCUUUCAUGUUACUGGCGAGGCAUAUAAUAUGAACACUUUAGACGAGAUACAAAGGAUAACAGUUAAAGACCUUGCAGACUUGGGACUCAUCAAACUCCAGCAGGGGAGGAAAGAUAGUUGGUUCAUUCCUACAAAAUUGGCUACCAAUCUCUCUAUUAGCUUAUCAGAUGCAUCAUCAAGGAAACAGGGAUAUGUUGUUGUGGAAACCAACUUCAGGCUCUAUGCCUACUCAACCUCUAAGUUACAUUGUGAAAUCUUAAGACUCUUUGCAAGGGUAGAAUAUCAACUUCCUAACCUUAUUGUUGGAUCCAUUACAAAAGAGAACCUCUACAAAGCCUUUUCAAAUGGCAUUACAGCAGACCAGAUAAUUUCAUUUCUUCAGCAGAAUGCUCAUCCUCGUGUUGCAGAAAAAGUGCCAUCUGUACCUGAAAAUGUCACAGACCAGAUAAGGCUGUGGGAAUCAGAUCUAAACAGGGUAGAGAUGACACCUGCACAUUUCUUCGAUGAUUUCCCAUCAAGGGAUGUGUUUGAAGCAGCAUGCGACUUUGCAAGAGAAUACAGCAGUUUGCUAUGGGAAGACUCCAAAAAGAUGCAACUUAUAGUCAAAACUGAAAUUUAUGCACACAUGAAAGAAUUUCUCAGCCAUCAAAAAUAGCUCUCUGCUG